AUCUUAUUUUUUUUAAAGGUGUAUGCCCAAAUGCUUUCUUCUGGUUCUUUUUGGUCUGCUGCUACUCUCCGCGCGUGGCUUGAUUAAUCAAAAGACAGUAGCUAAAUUCCUGUUCCGUAUUCUGGCCUUUUAUAGUAAUCUUAUGUUUCAAUGUUUGACAUAAAAUCAAUCUCUUUUAAAACCAAGCUAGCGAUUAGCGAGUACUAAACAGUUUUCCUUCUCCUUUUUUCCGAAAAUGGAGAAUUUGCAAUUCCGUUACUAUCAAUCAGCAGUGGACGUGAUUGACGUCGGGAAAACUCACGGAACAAUCAAAGCUACAUAAAGAAAAGAUGCGUGUUCAGGAGUUCAGUCAACAGUUCAUUUCCACCGCAGUGACAUUCAACUUCCAGCAGCCAAAAUAAAAAUAAAUUAUUCUUAUCAGUAUCCAACCAUUACCAACGCAAUAUGAAGAGCAUUUUUGAACUAAUCAUCGCUGUCCUUGGGGUGAGCAUAUGCAUGUUAUCCGCACAAAUUUCGGCUGUUAGCUGGACGACCUACAACCCCUUUUACCUCGUUCCUUACUUUGAGUACCAGGCCGAAACAGCACGGCAACACAAUGCAGCUAGAAUUGCAGCUGACACUUCGUUCGCUUUAGAUUCAGCUGGUCGCUCAUUUAUCGAUAAGAUAGCCAAAUUAAAUUUAAAAGGUCAACUCAAGGGAAUAAGAAGAGCACUCGAACAGUUGGCUGCCCAAAGGGAAAUGGACUUGAAUGAAAUACAAAUUAAAUUGAAUGAGAAAGCAACCAAAUUCGACUUGGAAAACUUAAAGACGGCUGUGGGUGAAAUUGAUUCCAAUCUCAUGUCAUUGACCCAAAAAUUUGAGAAAGAGACUGCCGUUAUAGAAAUUGGACACAUGCCCGAGUCUUGCACAGAUCUCAAAACAAUCGGCUAUAAAAUGAACGGAAUCUUUCAGAUUAUAGGAAAGAAACAAAUAGAAACCGUUUAUUGCAAUUUUACGAGUAUGAACGCUGAAGAUUUACAGAAAUGGAUCGGGUACGCUGACAUUAAAUCAGCGCCCACCUAUUUCUACGUGCAAAAAAACGAUCACUUCGGUACAACUGGAAUUCCAAUUCCGUUCGAAAAUGAAAUAAUAAACACUGAAAAGGCCAUGGAUUUGACCGUGGGAAAAUUCACGGCUCCAAGACCGGGAAUUUAUUUCUUCUCAUUCACAGGACUGCCUGAUUUUACCGCUUCAACGUCCGUCGUUUAUUUUGAAGUUUCUCUUUAUCUGAACGGAGAGCGUAUUGCAUCUGGAAGGGUUGAAGAUAGUAACACCGUUCUAUUUCAACGGAGUCCGUUGACCGUCCAGUCGACGUUGAAUUUGAAAAAAGACGAUCAAGUCUGGAUGGAAAUUAAUGACAUGUCAACAGGAAUUCAGUUGCAUGAUGCAGGUGGACAUUACACUCAUUUCACGGGUUUCUUGUUGGAGGAAGAAAUUGUCGCGUCGCUUUGAAAGAUAUCCUGGAAGCAGGGUCAAUCAAUAAAGGAUUAAAAAAAAAACAGAUUUACGUGUGUAACUUUUAUUGCUUUGAAUUUAAAUUGAAAGAGAGUUUAUUUGUGUCUAAUGAAUUAGGGAGUGUGUAUUUUUUUAAUCAGUGUAUACUAUUUGCAAAUAAUAAAAGCCAUACGAAUACAUAAAAAUAUUCUUCAA